AUGGACAAGUUGUUGCAGUCGUCAACAUCAACAAACUCCCUCGUCACAAAUGAUGGUGCUACCAUCUUAAAGAAUAUCCCAUUCAAUAAUCCAGCUGCUAAAGUUCUCGUUAAUAUUAGUCAAGUUCAGGAUGACGAGGUCGGUGAUGGUACAACUUCAGUAACAGUACUAGCCGCCGAAUUAUUAAGAGAGGCUGAAAAGUUGGUAGACAAAAAGAUCCAUCCCCAGACAAUUAUCGAAGGCUACAGAGUUGCUUCUAAAGCAGCAUUGACUGCUUUGGAAAAAUCUGCAGUCGACUCGUCAGCAGAUCCCGUACGGUUUAGAAAUGAUUUAAUUGCAAUUGCCAAGACUACAUUGAGUUCCAAGGUUUUGAGUCAAGAUAAAGACUUUUUUGCUGAGCUAGCUGUCAAUGCUAUUCUACGUUUGAAAGGGUCAACCAACUUGGAGCAUAUCCAAAUUAUCAAAAAAGCAGGAGGAAAAUUAAGUGAUUCCUACCUCGAUGAAGGAUUCAUCCUCGAUAAAAAAUUCGGAGUUAAACAACCUAAAAAGAUUACCAAUGCCAAGAUCUUAAUUGCCAAUACCUCUAUGGACACUGAUAAGGUGAAGAUCUAUGGAGCCAAGAUGAGAGUUGAUUCUACGGCGAAAUUGGCUGAGCUCGAAAAAGCCGAGAAAGAGAAAAUGAAACUCAAGGUCGAAAAGAUCAAGGCUCAUGGAAUCAACUGUUUUGUUAACCGUCAACUUAUUUACAAUUGGCCAGAACAGUUGUUUUCCGAUGGUGGCAUUAACACUAUUGAACACGCGGAUUUCGUUGGUGUCGAGCGUUUGGCGCUCGUUACUGGUGGUGAGGUUGUUUCUACAUUUGACCACCCUGAUAAGGUCAAAUUGGGCCACUGUGAUUCCAUUGAGGAAGUCAUCAUUGGUGAAGAUUCAAUGAUCCGAUUUUCUGGUGUUGCUGCUGGUGAGGCCUGUACCAUUGUUCUUCGUGGUGCUACUGAUCAAUUACUAGAAGAAGCUGACCGCUCUUUGCAUGACGCUUUAUCGGUGCUAUCUCAGACUACAAAGGAAACUAGAACAACUUUAGGCGGUGGUUGUGCAGAGAUGGUUAUGUCUAAGGCUGUAAUGGCUGCCGCUCAGAACGAGGAGGGAAAGACGGCUCUGGCUGUGGAGGCUUUUGCUAAUGCACUUAAGCAGCUGCCCACUAUUCUUGCUGACAAUGCCGGCUUUGACUCGAGUGACCUCGUCACUAAAUUACGUAAUGCUGUUUAUGAAGGUAUGACCACUUAUGGUCUUGAUCUGGAUAACGGUAAAAUUGCAGACAUGAGAGAGCUGGGUAUUAUCGAAUCAUACAAACUCAAGCGAGCUGUUGUUACCAGUGCCUCAGAAGCUGCCGAGCUGCUUCUUCGUGUAGAUAACAUCAUCCGCUCUAAACCCAGAACUGCUGAUAGGAAUAGAAUGUAG